CGGAGGCCGCCUCAGAGUUGGGGCAGCUGCCGCCAGGCAGCGCCGCGCCUUGUCUCCUGCCGUACCGCCUUGUGGCCGCGGGCUCCCGCUCUGGGCGGGAAGCGAGCCCGGGCCAUGAUCUCCGUGCGGGGAUUCCUCUACGGCUACUUCUAUCUCACCAGUCGGGCGGCCACUCGCCGCUCCCUGCUGCUCUGCCGGCGGGCGGCGGGGACCUCCGUCGCCCUGCCGGGGCUGCCGCUUCUCGACGGCGCCCAGCAGCGCCUCUUCGCCCUCCGUGGGUUCAGCUCCGACGUCCGCAGCGCGGCAACAGGGCGAGGGGCUGUAGGGACCGGGCCGUGCGCGCUGCGGCGACGAGGCUGCGGCGGACUAGGGGCGGCGGGCGGCGGGUUCCGGCCGUCGCGAGUGGCAGUGGUGGUGAAAACAACGCGGUACGAGUUCGAGCAGCAGCGGUACCGCUACGCCGGGCUCUCCGAGGAGGACCUUAAGCAGCUGCUUGCCUUGAAGGGAUCUAACUAUGCUGGUCUACUGGAGCGGCAUCGCAUUCAUACGAAAAACGUGGAACAUGUUGUAGACAGUUUACGGAACGAGAGGAUAGAAGUUCGUCUUGUUAAACGUCGAGAAUAUACUGAAGAGACAGUUCAAUGGGCAGAUGCUGUUAUAUCAGCAGGAGGAGAUGGUACAAUGUUGUUGGCAGCCAGUAAGGUCUUUGAUAAAUAUAAACCAGUUAUUGGAAUAAAUACUGAUCCUGAAAGAUCAGAGGGCCACUUAUGCUUGCCUGUGAGAUAUACACACUCAUUUCCUGAAGCACUGCAGAGGCUUUAUCGUGGUGAGUUCAGGUGGCAGUGGCGGCAAAGAAUCCGACUGUAUCUCGAAGGGACUGGUAUUAAUCCAGUCCCUGUAGAUUUGCAUGAACAGCAGCUAAGCCAGGAACAACACAGCAGGGCUCACAUAAAUGAAAGAUUCCAGGAUCAAAGAUCUGACAUUUCUGGUCCACAUCUUUUACCAGUGAGAGCACUCAAUGAAGUCUUUAUUGGGGAAUCUCUUUCAUCCAGGGAGAACUUUAAGUCCUGCAAACCCAGUUUUAAAUUCUCGCUUCAUAGGGCCUCCUAUUAUGAAAUAUCAGUUGAUGAUGGUCCUUGGGAAAAACAGAAGAGUUCAGGACUUAAUGUCUGUACUGGAACAGGAUCAAAAGCAUGGUCCUAUAAUAUUAACAAGGUAGCACAUCAAGCUGUUGAAGAGAUCCUUAAGAUUGGUGAAAAGCAUGGAAGUUUGAAUUUGCCAUUGAAUACAGAAUUAGUACAAAAAGUAACAAAUGAUUACAAUGAGUCCUUGCUCUACAGUCCAGAAGAACCAAAGAUGUUUUUCAGUGUUCGAGAACCUAUUGUAAACAGAGUUUUCUCAAGUAGCCAGCAGCGUGGCUUCUCUUCAAAGGUCUGUGUCCGUUCCCGUUGUUGGGAUGCUUGUAUGGUUGUAGAUGGAGGAACAUCUUUUGAGUUCAAUGAUGGGGCAAUAGCUUCAAUAAUGAUCGACACGGAGGAUGCACUGUGCACUGUUCUGCUGGAAGAAUGAAGAACUCUAGUGUCUUCUGCUGAAACAAUUUUGGAUCCAGAGAGGGAAUUCCUGGGGAUACACAGCACAUCACAAUGCUGCACUAUAUUGGAAGUUGGCCUUUUUGGAUGCAAAAGCAUUUGGAGGACACUUGAGAUGCUUUUCAUUCCUUCGGGUUGGGGAAACCUUAGCCUGAUAUUUAAGUUCCUUUUGUAUCUGGUUUAAAAGAAAUGUAUCUGAAGUCUUACCUGUGACUUCAGUGAAAAUGGAUUUUAACCUAUAAGGCAAACAUGAAAGACCAUCUUUUUAAACACAGGUAGAUGGGUUCAAGUAUUAAGUUAGUAGCAGUAAAUAUUCAAAUGUACAGUUUUUUAGUAACAGUCUGGGACUGAUAAAUCUAAACACCUUCAUACAUUCACUUUUGUAGAAAAGUUGACUGUCAAUUUAGUAAUUAGCUGCAAGGAUAUAUAGAUUUUGGUAAAUCCUGAUGAUGUAAUAGGAAUUGAAAUACAAAACUUUUUUAUGCUUUGCAAAAAUUUUACAACUUUGUAGUUUCAUACAACUUAUGACCUUUUU